UUCCUUCUCUUUCGUUUCCCUCUCACUUUCUUUGCCGAGAAAAUCACCUCACAAGAAUCCACUCAUUUUCUCUCGAGAGUAAAUGCUCAUUUUCCAUCCGUUCAGGAUUGGAAUGUUUGGGUGCUUUAUAGUAUUCUGAAUUUGCAGGGGACUGAGACAGGGUCUUGGUCCCCAGAAGAUGAGUUACAAUUGGGUGGAAGCAUAUAAGGGGAGAUAAUGAGCAAACUUCACAGCCCAUUCCUUGGGCUUCCUCUUCAAAGCUCUGUAAAUGGUAUAGACCAUGGCAAUUUAAUUUCUCUGAACACAUGGGCAAAAAAAGGUCUCUGUAAGUGUGUAUGCUCAAAAGAUAAUUGUUGGAUAUUUCAACCAAUUAGGUUUUCAAAUUUUUGUGGGAGAAAUAUAGAAUUAUUGAGGAAUUUUGGGUCAAGGAGUGGGUCAAGGGUAAAAUGUUUGAAAGAGCCUUUUUCUCGAAGCAGAUCUCUGGUAAGGUCUUUAGUUCCUUUGUGGAAAGAGGGGUUACUAUUUGUCAGGUGUUCUGUCUUUUUGGCUGUGAUUUCUGGGGUGUGCUUAUUGGUAUGGUAUGGACGGGCAAAAGCCAAGAGUUUUAUUGAAGCCAAACUUUUGCCUUCUGUUUGUUCUGUGCUGAGCGAGCAUAUUCAGCGGGAUCUUGAUUUUGGCAAGGUUUUAAAAAUUUCACCUUUAAGCAUCACAUUGGAGUCAUGUUCUGUUGGGCCUCAUAGUGGUGAAUUUUCUUGUGGUGAGGCUCCCACUGUAAAACUUCGUGUUCUUCCUUUUUCAAGUCUAAUGAGGGGAAAGAUUGUGUUUGAUGCAGUUUUAUCUCAUCCCAGUCUUUUGAUAGUGCAAAAAAGGGAUUUUACUUGGUUGGGUAUACCUUCUUCUGAAGGUGGUUUGCAGAGGCACAUCUCGACUGAAGAAGUGAUUGAUUAUCGUACGAAAACCAGGAGGAUUGCUAGAGAGGAAGCCGCUGCUCGCUGUGCCAGAGAAAGAGAUGAUGCAGCUAGACAAGCUGCAGAAAUGGGGUACAUUGUUUCUGAGCAAAUUUCUGGUCCAUCUGAAGUCGAUGCUGUGCAAAAGGAUGCGACUCAUUCGAUGGGGUUAGCUAGCUCUGAAUCUUUUCUAUGCAUGGAUGAGAGGACACAUUGGAGGGAGCAUCAUUGCAUGGACACGGGUGUUGCAUAUGAUCUGAAGCAUGCAGAUUUAGAGAAAUCAUUUGGUGUAAAAGUUUCUGGCUCGGGGCCUAGAUUUUGGUCUAGAACUAUAUCAGUGAAUCCAAGAGACAAAUUAAAGAGGAAGGCCAACAGGAGUAAUAACUCUGCAGCUGGUGUUACUGCCAAAAGAAGAAUUCUUGAGCGCAGUGCAUUAAUGGCUUCUGCAUAUUUCCGGGGUCUGUCACCUGGGAAUUUUGAUGAGCCAUCACAGUCAACUGCAGGUUAUGAUUCUGCAAAACUUGACAAUGUUUUACUGAAAAUUGAGGGUAAUGCCGAUGGCUGCACUUCUGUUGUGGAUGGAUAUAGAGAACCUAUUCCAUCUGCUAACCAGAUUGGAGUACUUAACAUUGGAGGGGAGAAAAAUGUUGAGCAUGGAGACCUGAGAACUGCUAUCAAUGAUGCUGGAAGCAAGGGAAGUUUAGAAUUAGGGAACAACAUAAAGCAAGAUAUUGGGAAUAGAGAUGAUUCAACAACUCAACUUAUUACAGAACAUAAAAAUCCCAGUGCUCCUGUUAAUAAUAUUAGUUUGACACAUGAUCCAUUUCAUAUGACUAUAGGUAGACUUAGCGAAGUUAGAAUAUUAGGUGAAAAUAUGGAACCACUUAGUGAAGUCAAAGGAGUAGCCAAAACAGAUGAGUGUAAUUUAAACAAUGAGGUGUUAGGAGGAGCUCAUGUUGUAAACAAAAAUAUGGAUAUGGGAGAUAACUCCUGCGGAUUGCAAGACCAUGUGGUGGAGCCUGUUGAUGAUUUAUCUGCAAGUCAAGAAGGUCAUAAAUCUCGAGGUUUGAUUUUGACAAGGUUGGGGCCUUGGCAUGCAAUGCACCAUUCAUUUCCCAUUUGGCCCUUGUCCCCGAAAUCAUUGUUACCCUCUUUUCCUAAAAAUAUGGGGGAUCUAUUAUCUUGUUUUCUUGCUCAUUCUAUUCAAAAGUUGAAGUCAUGCAUUGGUCAGAAAGUCGAAGAUAUUGUUGCAGGCCACCUAGACGAAGUGCAUACCGAAGGUAUUGAGAAAAUGUUUCCAGUUACACUGGAUUCUGUUUAUUUCAAAAGUGGAACUCUGCUGCUACUAGCAUAUGGUGACAGUGAGCCCAGAGAGAUGGAAAAUGUCAAUGGACAUGCAAAGUUUCAAAAUCACUAUGGUCGUAUGCAUGUUCAGCUGAGUGGCAACUGUAAGAUGUGGAGAUCAGAUGUGACAUCUGAAGAUGGUGGCUGGUUGUCAUUGGAUGUUUUCGUUGACAAUGUUGAGCAGCAAUGGCAUGCUAAUUUAAAAGUCAUUAACCUUUUUGCACCGCUCUUUGAAAGAAUUUUAGAAAUUCCAAUCAUGUGGUCCAAAGGGAGAGCCAGUGGUGAGGUUCACAUAUGCAUGUCAAAAGGAGAAGCUUUCCCUAAUCUUCAUGGGCAGCUUAACGUGACAGGGUUGGCCUUUCAAAUAUUUGAUGCUCCAUCAUGGUUUUCUGACUUGUCAGCAAAUUUAUGGUUCCGUGGUCAACAAAUAUUCUUGCACAAUGCUAGUGGCUGGUUCGGCAAUGUUCCUUUGGAAGCUUCUGGAGAUUUUGGCAUUCAUCCAGAGAAAGGAGAAUUUCAUCUAACGUGUCAGGUCCCUUGUGUAGAAGUAAAUGCUCUGAUGAAAACUUUCAAGAUGAAGCCUUUGCUGUUCCCGCUGGCUGGUUCAGUAACUGCUGCAUUCAACUGUCAAGGUCCCUUGGAUGCUCCUACAUUUAUGGGCAGUGGCAUGGUUUUAAGGAAGAUAUCCAAUUCUGUUUCUGAUUUUCCUGUAUCCUCUGCAUCUGAAGCACUAAUGAAGAAUAAAGAGGCUGGAGCUGUAGCAGCAUUUGAUCGUGUACCCCUUUCAUAUUUAUCGGCUAAUUUCACUUUCAACACUGAUAACUGCGUUGCUGACUUGUAUGGAAUUAGAGCUAGCCUUGUGGAUGGUGGUGAAAUUCGUGGGGCAGGGAAUGUAUGGAUUUCCCCAGAGGGUGAGAUGGAUGAUAUGGCGACGGAUGUGAAUUUUUCUGGAAAUUUACCCUUUGAGAAGAUUAUGCAUCGAUAUUUAACUGGUCAUCUUCAUCUGGUGCCACUUAAAUUAGGGGAUUUAAAUGUUGAAACAAAACUUUCUGGUUCCCUUUUGAGACCGAGGUUUGACAUCAAAUGGGCAGCGCCAGAAGCUGAGGGGUCGUUUACUGAUGCUCGAGGAGAUAUCAUAAUCUCACAUGAUAAUUUUGCUAUCAGUUCUUCAUCAGUUGCUUUUGAAUUAAAUUCAAAAGUUCAAACAUCUUGUCCUGGUGAAUAUUGGUUAAACAGAAAGGAUUAUGAUGUGAAGAGUGCCAUGCCACUAAUCAUUGAGGGUGUUGAAUUAGAUUUGCGUAUGCGUGGUUUUGAGUUCUUCAACUUUGUCUCUUCUUAUCCUUUUGAUUCUCCAAGACCUGUGUAUUUGAAAGCAACUGGAAGGAUAAAGUUUCAAGGGAAUGUUGAAAAGUUUCCUACUAUUGCUAAUGAGCAAGCUUUUGAUUCUGAGAAGAAUAUACAAGGUGUGCAAAUAACAGAUAAAGAAAAUACCCAUGGUCUUGUUGGUGAUAUCUCAAUAUCUGGUCUCAAACUGAAUCAGUUGAUGCUGGCGCCUCAGUUGGCUGGAACCUUAAACAUCUCACAUGAGUGUAUUCAGUUCAAUGCCACAGGUAAGCCUGAUGAAAGUCUUUCAGUGAAGGUUGUUGGACUGUUGCAGCCUAAUAGUGAAGAAAACCUGCAUAGUGAAAAAAUGUUAUCUUUUUCUCUUCAAAAAGGGCAACUUAAAACUAAUGUCUGCUAUCGGCCACUGCAUUAUGCGAACUUGGAGGUACGCCAUCUGCCACUUGAUGAAUUGGAGGUGGCCUCACUUCGUGGAACAAUACAGAGGGCAGAACUUCAACUGAAUAUUCAGAAAAGAAGGGGACAUGGAGUUUUAUCUGUGCUUCGGCCAAAAUUCAGUGGUGUAUUAGGUGAAGCUUUAGAUGUGGCUGCUAGAUGGAGUGGGGAUGUUAUAACUGUUGAAAAAACUAUUCUGGAGCAAAGUAAUAGCCGAUAUGAGCUUCAAGGUGAAUAUGUAUUACCUGGCACCCGAGAUUGGAAUCCUUCUGGAAAGCAAAGGGGUGGCUUGUUGGAAAGGGCAAUGGCUGGACAUCUGGGUAGUGUGAUAUCUUCUAUGGGAAGGUGGAGAAUGAGACUUGAGGUUCCUCGAGCUGAGGUUGCUGAGAUGCUUCCACUGGCAAGACUUCUUUCUCGAAGUACGGAUCCUGCUGUUCGCUCUAGAUCAAAGGAUCUUUUUAUACAAAGUUUGCAAUCAGUGGGAUUAUAUACUGGAAGUCUUCAGAACCUGCUUGAGGUAAUACGAAGGCAUCAUACUGUAUCGGAUGAAGUUAUUCUUGAAGAUGUAUGUCUUCCUGGUCUAGCCGAGCUUAAAGGUCGCUGGCAUGGUUCUCUUGAUGCAAGAGGUGGAGGCAAUGGGGACACUAUGGCAGAUUUUGACUUUCAUGGGGAGGAUUGGGAGUGGGGAACCUACAAAGCUCAGCGUGUUCAAGCAGUUGGUGAAUACAGCAAUGAUGAUGGUUUACACCUUGAGAAAAUCUUUAUCCAAAAUGAUAAUGCCACAAUCCAUGCUGAUGGGACCUUGUUAGGGCCAAAAACAAAUCUUCAUUUUGCUGUUUUGAAUUUCCCUGUUAGUCUAGUCCCCACACUGGUACAGGUUAUUGAAUCUUCAGCUACUGAUGCUGUUCAUUCCCUGCGGCAAUUUUUAGCACCAAUUAAGGGCAUUUUACACAUGGAAGGGGAUCUCAGAGGAAGUAUUGCAAAACCAGAAUGCAAUGUAGAAGUAAGGCUCCUCGAUGGUGCCAUUGGGGGUAUUGAUCUUGGGCGAGCUGAAAUUGUAGCUUCCCUAACAUCAACCAGUCGCUUUCUUUUCAAUGCAAAAUUUGAACCCUUUAUUCAAAAUGGUUAUGUUCACAUUCAAGGAAGUGUUCCUGUAGCUUUUGUCCAAAAUAACAUGUUAGAGGAAGAAGAUAUAGAAACAUGGAUCCCUGGUUGGGUGAAGGAAAGGGGCAGAGGUCCUGCUGAUGAUGUCAGUGAGAAGAAAAUCUCCAGGGAUAGAAAUGAAGAAGGUUGGGAUACUCAGUUGGCAGAAAGUCUCAAAGGUUUAAACUGGAACAUAUUAGAUGUAGGAGAAGUUAGAAUUGAUGCAGAUAUUAAAGAUGGAGGCAUGAUGAUGUUAACAGCUUUAUCUCCUUAUGCUGACUGGCUUCAUGGCAAUGCUGACAUUAUGCUUCAGGUCAGAGGUACAGUCGAACAACCGGUGAUCAAUGGAUCUGCUUCUUUCCACAGAGCAUCUGUAUCAUCACCAGUCCUCUGGAAACCACUCACAAACUUUGGUGGCACAGUUCAUGUGAAAUCAAAUAGAUUAUGCAUCAGUUCACUAGAAAGUAGGGUAGGCAGACGGGGAAAGUUGUUUGUAAAAGGGAAUCUUCCUCUCAGAAUAAGUGAAGCAUCACUUGGUGACAAAAUUGACUUGAAAUGUGAAGUUCUAGAAGUACGGGCAAAAAAUAUCCUAAGUGGUCAGGUAGACACACAGAUGCAAAUAACUGGUUCCAUAUUGCAACCAAAUAUUUCUGGAAAUAUUAAAUUGAGCCAUGGAGAAGCAUAUCUACCACCUGAUAAGGGUACAGGAGCAGCUCCAUUUAAUAGAUUGGCAUCAGUCCAUCCAAGUGGUGGUUACAAUCCAGGAACUGCUUCCAGAUAUCUUUCAUGGUUUCCCAGUUCAGAGCCUGCUCCCUCAAGCACCAAAUUCCCUCAACCCUCAGGUAAACAGACCGACGUUGAAAAGGAAAUGGAGCAAGUGAAUCGUAAGCCAAAAAUUGACAUCCGCCUCACUGACUUGAAACUUGUUCUGGGACCAGAAUUGAGAAUACUUUAUCCUUUGAUUCUUGAUUUUGCUGUAAGUGGAGAGCUUGAGCUCAAUGGCAUAGCUCAUCCCAAACUGAUAAAACCAAAGGGCGUUUUAACAUUUGAGAGUGGUGAAGUUAAUCUUGUUGCAACCCAGGUGAGGCUUAAGAAAGAGCAUCUUAAUAUUGCAAAAUUUGAGCCUGAUAAUGGGCUGGAUCCAACACUAGACUUAGCUUUGGUUGGAUCAGAGUGGCAAUUCAGGAUCCAAAGUCGAGCCAGUAAUUGGCAGGAUAAUUUGGUUGUGACUUCAACACGUGCUGUGGAACAGGAAGUCCUCUCACCUACUGAGAUGUUCCCAUUUGCACAGGCUGCCAGAGUCUUUGAGAGUCAAUUGGCAGAGUCCAUUUUGGAAGGUGAUGGCAAGCUUUCAUUCAAAAAGCUAGCGACUGCAACACUUGAGACAUUAAUGCCAAGAAUUGAAGGGAAGGGAGAGUUCGGACAGGCUAGGUGGAGAAUAGUAUAUGCACCACAGAUCUUCAGCUUGCUUUCAGUUGAUCCUACUGUUGAUCCUCUCAAGUCUCUGGCCAGUAAUAUUUCCUUUGGUACAGAAGUCGAAAUCAAGCUUGGGAAACGCCUUCAGGCUUCCAUUGUUAGGCAGAUGAAGGAUUCAGAGAUGGCAAUGCAAUUUACCUUGACCUACCAGCUCACAAGCCGCCUACGAGUGCUCCUACAAUCUUGGUCUGUUUCAUCCCAACGCCUCCUAUUCGAAUAUUCUUCUACCUCACAGAACUAAACCUGCCACUGCUAGGCCUCGAGGUUGCUGAAACCCAUUUUGGGAAAUAUUAUUCAGUCCAGGGAUUGGGGUGUUUGGUCCUGGUAUUCUCCUUUUUUGCCUUUCAAUCUUCAUUUUCUCUUCUCCCUUUUUAAAGGGGUGGUUGUUAAAAUAAAUAUUGUAAAUUGUGCUUAUUGGCAAGAAUCGAGUCUCAAGUUCACACUAACCUGGAUGCCUAUACCACCACCCAGAAAAGUACAGUAAGAUGUAAAUUUUACGCCAUUAUAUUCUUUUCUCAGAAAUGAAUAAAGCUGUCUGUUGAGAUCUA